AUGAAAAAGUAUUUGGUGAUGAAAAGGAUUCCCAUGCCGUGGUCAAAGAAGGACACCACUCCGACUGAGGCUAGUCCGCUGCUACCAAAGGUAAGGAGGUUUUUUGUUGUUGUUUCUUUAGUUUCAUUAAUUCAUAGAAACGUGAUACUUAGAUGUAAUCUUGUGUGUCCAAAGGCAGGCUCUGACAUAGAGGAUUCUGGGGACCUUGGCAGCACAGCUGUUGAAUCUCAGCAAAGCUGUGGACAGGACCCCAACAAACCCGGGUUUGCAUUUGUCCGACCCCGCUACGGUUAUACAUUCAUUGACUAUUUCCUCAAAUAUGCCCUCUUCCUGUGUAAUCUUUUGUUCACCGCCAUGGGCCUGCUGGUUCUCGGUGUGGGGAUGUGGGGCCUCGUCAGCAAAGAGUCGUUCGCUCAGGAGAAGAUCGGAAGUAUCGGCAGUGAUCCGAUGCUGAUCACUGUGGCGAUGGGCCUUCUGUUGGCUCUGCUCUGCCUGACAGGCUGUGUGGGAGCAAUAAGAGAGAACUGCACCUUACUGAGGAUUUUCUCUGCUGCAGUUUUGGUGCUUAUUACAGCCCAGGUGCUGGCCGCCAUUGUUGCCUACAGUCUGCAAGAUCAGAUCGGAAACUACCUGCAGUCUGGGAUGACAACAGCAAUGAUGCGCUAUCAGGAUGAUCUAGAUUUGAGGUUCAUCAUGGACGAGAUCCAGUCGAAUCUGCAGUGCUGUGGAGCAGAUGACUAUCGUGACUGGGAGAUCAACAUGUAAGUAGAAUUUGAUUUACCUCUAAAACAUACAGAUAUGAGGACACGAUGUGCGGCUGAGAUUCUUCUUCUCCUUUCAGAUAUUACAACUGCUCAGCUCCAGGAAUUCUGGCCUGUGGCGUCCCCGCUACAUGCUGUGUGGACCCUCUAGAGAACGGCACCGUGUGGAACACUCAGUGUGGCGUCGGAGCCCAGCUGCUGGACGAGUUUACCGCUCAGAGCGUUAUCUUCCUGGGCGGCUGUCUGGGGGGAAUCUCACGCUGGAUCGAGCUGCACAUGGGCCUGAUAGGGACUGCUGCGAUCAUCGUACUGGGGAUCCAAAUUAUGACUCUGUUCAUCACCACUCGACUUCUAGACAGCAUUUACUGGCAUAAACUCCACAGCAACAUGGGUUAACGGUUACUAACAUUGCUGUACAAAAACAUUACAACAGACUGUUUUUUCCAGUUUGGAAUUGAAAGAGCAACACAACAGAUACACUUCAGCUAUUUUUGGGAGGCAUAUUUUGAAAUAAAUAUCAUGAUGAAAAAUCACAAUAUUAGUUUUCCGCUUGCAAAAAUUCAUGUUGAGAUUCAAGAGGAAAUUCUGUGAGAAUAGCCUGAACUUUGAGAUGCAAAAUCUACAUGACCUAUCAUGAAAACCUUGACUUCUUUGGGACAUAAUUUAACCUACAAAUAAUAAGGAAACAUAAAAAAAGCAAGCUGUACCUUCAAAUUAACCACAGCAACUAUUUCCACUAUUUCAGAAUAUACUUUCAAUAUCAAUUGUUUUGAUCAUUUUGUGUUAAC